AAAAUUCUUAAGCCCUGGGUAGCUCUCUGUUAAACCCUACAUAACUCUCAGUUAAGCGAGUUGGUGUUGUACCCUACGUUUCAUUUUUUCCUUCACCAUUCCAAAUGAGGAGAGCGAACCCACUCCUCCGCAGACUACCGCCGUACUUCCUCACAUGGCACACCUUCCGUUUCCGCACCAUUUGCUCCGGCCGCCGAGGCUUCGCCGGCACCGCAACCACCACUAAGACAAAACACCUCGACACCUUCACGGAGCAAUUUGAGAUCGGCUCGCGCGUGAUCACGCUCGAGACAGGAAAGUUCGCCCGCUUCGCAAACGGCGCCGUCGUUUUAACCAUGGAAAACACUAACGUUCUCUCCACCGUCGUCUCCGCCAAAGGUGACGCUGUUCGCGAUUUCUUACCUCUCACUGUGGAUUAUCAAGAGAAGCAGUUCGCGCAAGGCGUGAUUCCGACCUCGUUCACGCGGAGGGAAGGUGCUCCUAAAGAGCGCGAGCUCUUAUGUGGGCGAAUCAUUGACCGGCCAAUUCGACCGUUGUUUCCUCCUGGAUUUUACCACGAGGUUCAGGUAACGGCAAGUGUUCUUUCUUCGGAUGGAGAACAUGAUCCAGAUGUGUUGGCAGCUAAUGCAACAUCGGCUGCUUUAAUGUUAUCAGAUAUUCCUUGGGGCGGUCCCAUUGGAAUGGUUCGAAUUGGUAGGAUAUGUGGGAAGUUUAUAGUAAAUCCUACUACGGAUGAGCUUAAAUUGAGUGAUCUUAACUUGGUGUAUGCCGGUACGAUGGACAAAACUUUGAUGAUUGAUGUGCAAGCUUGUGAGAUAUCUGAGAAAGACCUAGAAGCUGGGUUAAGGAUGGCUCAUCUAGAGGCAAUUAAGUAUAUUGAACCUCAAAUCAGACUUGCUGCUAAAGCUGGUAAAUCUAAGAAGGAGUACAAAUUGUCUAUGCUGUCUGACAAAACAAUGGACAAAGUUCGUAAUAUAGCAGAGGAACCUAUCAAAGCUGUUUUUACUGAUCCUACCUAUGGGAAGUUUGAACGUGGGGAAGCAUUGGACAAUAUUACCCAAGAUGUAAAGAGAGUGCUUGUAGAAGAAGGUGAUGAAGAAAGCUUAAAAGUCUUAUCAAAGGCUGUAGAUACCGUAAGGAAGAAGGUGGUUCGUGAAAGAAUUAUUGCAGAAGGAAACAGAGUUGAUGGAAGACAACUGGAUGAAGUAAGGCCUUUGUAUUGUGAAGCUGGAUGUAUAUCCGUGUUGCAUGGAUCUGCGUUAUUUUCCCGUGGAGAAACACAGGUUCUUUGUACAGUAACACUUGGAGCACCUACAGAUGCUCAACGCUUGGAGUCUGUUGUCGGUCCUCCGUCAAAGAGAUUUAUGCUUCACUAUAGUUUUCCACCAUUCUGCAUAAAUGAAGUUGGUAAACAUGGUGGCAUAAACCGGCGUGAAGUUGGUCAUGGAACACUUGCUGAGAAAGCUUUUCUUGCUGUUUUGCCCCCUAAAGAAGAUUUUCCAUAUACCAUUCGUGUCAACUCUGAAGUGAUGGCUUCAGAUGGUUCAACGUCAAUGGCAACUGUAUGUGGAGGUAGUAUGGCUUUGAUGGAGGCUGGAAUUCCUGUUCGUGAACAUGUUGCCGGGGUUUCUGUGGGUCUUGUUAGUGAGCUUGAUCCAUCCACUGGCAAAAUAGCAGACUAUCGCAUAUUGACUGAUAUUCUGGGCUUGGAGGACCAUUUGGGUGAUAUAGACUUCAAAAUUGCUGGAACUCGAAAAGGAGUUACUGCUAGUCAGUUGGAUAUGAAACCAGCAGGAAUUCCUCUAGAUAUCGUUUGUGAAUGUUUAGAACCUGCACACAAAGCUCGUCUUCUCAUUCUUGAACACAUGGAACAAGAAAUUAGUAUACCUCGCAACAAGAAUGACAGUACUUCUCCACGACUAGCCACCUUAAAGUACAACAAUGAUGCUAUUCGUCGCCUAAUUGGGCCAAUGGGCGCUCUAAAGAAAAAAAUUGAAGAGGAAACAGGUGCACGGAUAUCUGUAGGCGAUGGAGAACUUACAGUAGUUGCUAAGAAUCAAUCUGUAAUGGACAAAGUACUAGAAAAGAUUGAUUUUAUUGUGGGCCGUGAAAUUGAAGUUGGAGGUAUCUACACAGGUAUUGUCAGCAAUAUAAAAGAAUACGGCGCUUUCGUGGAGUUUAAUGGUGGCCACCAAGGCUUACUCCACAUUUCUGAGUUGUCAUAUGAACCUGUUUCCCGAGUUUCAGAGGUUGUCUCUGUUGGCCAGAAGCUUUCUUUGAUGUGCAUAGGCCAAGAUGUUUAUGGUAACAUCAAAUUAUCCCUUAAAGCAACUUUUCCUCGUCCUGGAAUAUUGGAGACUAAUGAUGUAACUGAAGGAUCUGUUACGUCCGCAAAAGAAACAGACGGGAAUGCGUCUAGAGUACAAGAACAACAAAAUUCUGCUUCUCAGUCGUCUUUAGGUGAUCCUGAGUCGGGUGAAGCAAAAUCCCCAACCUCCCAAGUACCAGUAAUUGUAAUACGUAGUGCUUCCGAGUGUGAUGAAGAGGAGAAAUCUUCCAAAGUUCCUCGUGUAGAUAAUGGGGCCCAAUUGGAUCGCAAGUCGAAAUCACGUCCAUCUCAAAAUGCAAUUCAUUCUGCACCGAAAUCAAAAUCUCGUAAAUCUCAAGAUGUUAUCGAUUCUUCAACUUCUCAUUCAGGUCCCUUGCCAUAUACUAAUGCUAAGAAGACAAAAGAUAAGGCUUCUGUAACUGCAAAAGAUCUUGAAGUUGGAACCAUAGUAACUGCUAAAGUAUAUCAAAUUCGUGCACAGGGGUUUGUGUUGGAUUUGGGUGGAGGAGUUCGAGGAGUGUACCGGUUUGAGGAAAAUAAUAGUAGGGACUUUAAAAUAGGCGAUGAGAUGCGAGUGGUGUGCUCAAGCUUCUCUAACAAGGGAAUUCCUGUAUUGUCUUUAGCUGAUGAUAAAUAACUUCCCUGUUGGUCGCUUAUGAGAGUCCAUAUAUUUACCCUGCCAUGGCUUGGAAUAUUCAAAUCUAAGGUGGUUAAUAGUUUUGAAUAUAUGGCAAAGUGAUGGUAAUGCUCAUCUUGCAGGGACGAUGAUUUCGGUGCAGCUGUUUAGGUUCAAAAUUCUGUAGUGAUUAAAUUAAUUUACCAAAAUUUUUCUUUAUCAGUUGCAAUUGGUGAGUUAGAAGAGAUGAACUUUGUGAUCGAUGGAAGGCAUGGACUUGGUUCCAGGAUACUGCAUGAUUGAAGAAAAAACUGCAAUUCCUUGACACAACAAAUUAUAGAUUGAUGUUAUCAGAGUAAAGGCUAAUAAGCACGAACAGUGUUAUAAUUUUAUUGGUGGUAAGAAAAUUUCCUUAUGCUCUUAACCUUUACCAUGUAUUAUCAUUAGAGUUUACUGCUCAAUAGCAGAAUUUGCAGUUUUUCGUGCUAAAACAUUAAUACCUGUCAUCUAUUAAUAGAUGUGGUCAUUGGCAGUGAAUUUCAUUCAUUGAAA